AUGCAUUGUCUGAUUCUGGCUCUCUGGGCGAGUAUAGGCUCGCCCAUCGCCGCUCGCGUUGCCCAUAGCCUUGAAAUGAGACCGGAAAUCUUUGAAGCAAGAAACAACGUUCCAUCAAAUACCCAUUUUCACCGUUCUGCGGAUAGUCCUGUGUCUCUGAGGAUCUUGCCCCUCGGUGCCUCUAUAACAUGGGGUUACCAGUCAUCCGAUGGUAAUGGAUACCGAAAACCACUCCGAGAUCAGCUUAGAUACGCAGGUUAUGAUGUCGAUAUGGUUGGUACCAAGCAUAAUGGGGCCAUGGUGGAUAAUGACGUCGAGGCACAUAUUGGAGGUGUCAUUAGUCGAGUACAGGCUGCCGCGCAGGGUUCAGUUCAGUACAAGCCCAACGUUGUGCUGAUCAAUGCCGGAACUAAUGACUGCCUCCAAAACGUUGACGUUGCUAAUGCUGGAGCUCGCAUGGAGAAUUUAAUUAACAUGUUGCUUGAAAAUAUCGAUGGAACAGCCGUUGUCUUAUCGACACUAAUUCCAUGCAAAGAUGCCAUUGGCGAGGCGAAUCGUCCGGUGGUCAACUCUCAGUAUCGUGACCUUGUUACGUCAAUGCAGGUCGAAGGGAAAAAUGUUAUUCUUGCAGAUAUGGAUCCUCUCUUAGAUCCCGGAUAUCUGGAUACAGACACCGACUACGCUGAUGAUAUCCAUCCAAACGAUACCGGGUACAAGAAGAUGGCUGCUGUUUGGUGGGACAUCCUCAAGCAGGCCAUUGACGACGGUAUGAUUAGCAAUCCUGUAGCAACCCCAGCCUCCACAGGAAACGGAAAUUGCGAUAAGAUGUACGGAGACGGAGUCUACGCUGGAGGCCUGACUCAGACCGGAAGCGGACAGGAUGACGGUAUCUACCAGCACAAUAGUCAGCCCAUGGGCAUCAUCUUGACAGUAGAAAGUGACUAUGACCAAAAUCAGUGGUUCUUUGCUAGGCUUUUUGAUAGGUCGCGUGACGACUUUGUUGGCUGGUACGAGAGGAACGAUGGUUCCCAAUGGUACGGCGUGUGGCGAAACACUGGCGACGCAAGCAACUUGUACGUGAAAAUCGCAGAUAUGAAUGUUGUCCUCCCGUGUAUCCCAGAAGGGGUAAACUUUGUUGACAUUAACGCUGAUGGUUUGGACGAUAUGGUGUGUAUUGGGCCCAUGGGCGAUGCCUAUGUGGCCAUUAAUCAGGGCAACGGGGAUAGCAACAAUCCGCCAACAUUUGUAGACAAGGGUCGAAUUAUCAAGUCAGGAUACUCACAGUCUCAGGUGCGCUUGGGCGAUGUGGACGGCGAUGGCCGAGCAGACUACUGUAUUUUUGAUCCUAACGGCGAUAUGUAUUGCUGGCGAAAUGGCUGGGUUAAUGACACCCCAGCGUACUGGCAGGACCUGGGAAAGAGAUUCACUAGCCGAGAUGUGGGAAAUUUGACCGGAGUGCGUUUAGAAGAUAUCAACGGUGAUGGCCGCGAUGAUUGGGUAUGGGUUGGUGACACAGGUGAGGCCUACAUGGAGAGCAACUCAAGGAGUUGUCAGGAAGGAGAAGCUGGAGAUGGCCUCAAUAUCGUUUGGCGAGAAGGCUACUGGCAAGGCGCAAGCUCAGGGCCGAUGGCCCUUGGUAUGGGCGUGGCACAAGUCCGUGAGCGAAUCCACUUUGCAAGAGUCUAUGGGGAGGCCCAGGCGUUUGGUCUUCUAGGCCGCCAGGACUACGUCUAUCUGAAUCAUAGCAAAGAUGGAGACAAACACAUGUUUGAUCUUCAUGUCUGGAAGAAUACUGGAUCAGGCUCGACAAAACUCAAGGCCGAUGGGGAUAAAUACUGUAACAUGGCUGGCUACUCGAACGGAAUGAUGGAUUACGUCUGGACUCUCUCAACAGGACAGAUGACUCUUUACACCAACCGGGGCAUGAGCUCAGUAGUGGAUGGCGGACCUUCUUUUUGGGACGCCGCAGUUGAUAUCUUUGACCCGGCAGACUUUGGCUUCUCGGCUUUGGACCGCCGUGAUCUCCACCUCACCGACUGGGAUGGUGAUGGCACCUGCGACAUUGUUUGGGUGGACCCAGAUAACCAAAACAGACCACAGCUGUUCAGGAACCUUUACAAAGAAACAGGGGUCUGGAACUGGGAGCAUAAUUCGAACCCGGCUCCCGAAUUGUACUGCCCAGAGUCUCGUGGCGUCGCCAUCCAUGAUCUGCCUGUCCAGUUUGCCGAUAUUUCAGGUAAUGGCAGGGGCGACUACCUGUGCAUCGAGAAAGACGGCCGCACUUGGGGUUUUGUUCAUAACAGUGACGACAGCUGGAGUUACAUUGACCAGUUCAAGUAUUCGGAGCAGAAAGACCGGGCCGACCUCCGGUGGGCCGACGUCAAUGGCGAUGGCAAGGCCGACUUGAUCUGGACAGACAAGUUCAAUGGUAAUGGCUGGGUGUGGUAUAACAAUGGUCGAAAGGACGUCCAAGGGAGCCGGUAUGAAUGGGUGGCACAGGGAGCCCUCUAUGAAGGGAACCAUGCCGGCACCUGUAUGCACUAUCCAGACUUACAGGGCGACAAGCGAGCCGAUAUGCAUUCUUUAAGUGGUACCUUUACCAACCAGGCAGAGACGUGGUUCAACCAAUGCGUGGGUGACCAUAUUGGAGAUGACCCAGGAUGCUGCAGUGACCCGGAGCUACCACCAACUCCACCGUUAUCAAUACCAUCGCUACCAAGUGACCCUCCUUGCCAGACCGUGACCUUGACCUCCUACCCUGCGGCCCCUGACCCGUCGGACCUUGGAACGCCAAUUGAAGGCACAUCGUAUUUUUCUAUCGACGGCUCUUGCAAAGGCCAAAGUAUGCCAGACGACAAGCCAGAAUUUGCCAACAAGUGGGAAUACCUGAAACAAGCUUACAAGGAUGCAAUUAUUCUCGCCGACCAGUCUCAAGACUGGCCGCAGUACGGCACAGAUGCUUCGGAUUUAUACUUCAAAAAAGACGUGCAAAAUACGAUAUGGGCGAAUAAUAUCACCGCCAACAUCAAAAACGCAGCCAAUUGGGAUAACCCCAAAUGGGGAUUUGACAAUUACAUUGUUGGGCUCAUCAUGAACUUGGCGACUGUAACGCCGAUUUGUUUUACGAACAAUACCUACAGUUGGUUCUGGGAAAUAUCAACUAUAACCUGCUGCCCACCAUUUUUUACUAUGGCCACCAUCAAUGACGUUCCGAAUAACCCUCACAAUAGUGAUCCUAACAACCUAGAUCUAUAUUGGAUGCAGACAAGUGGCUCUGCUUUUCUUCACGAAAUGAUGCAUGCAAAUGCAAUCACCAGGGAACGUGACCAUAAAAACAAAGUGAUUGAUGAAACGUUCACAGAAGGCGCGGUACGCAUUUAUGGACCAAAGUGGUGUGCAAAGGCGGCACGCAUUGAAGGCGCGGAUAAAACAACAAGAAAUCCUGACAGUUAUGCCCAGUUUGCCUCUGCCCAUUACUGGCAGAAGAGGUAUGGGGGGAAAGUGCCACAACCUUCAAGUGCCAGUAACGUUGAACCACUGUUUUUGGAUGAAUAUACAUGGGAGAGUGUCGAUUUUUAUGUGAGGAUGGUUGCUCAGUGGACUCGUUCCCAUGCUGUGCCGACAACUCAUGUGCAUGUGAUUGUGAUGAGGAUGGAUGCUCUGCUAUGUCGCCAUCAUGUUGUGCAUCCGGAACAUGUAGAUACUGAGAUUUGA